AUGAAAACAAAGAUGUCGUGUCGACAAUCGCUAAAAUUGUUGAAAUUGUGCAACUCCUUCCCAAAGUUUGGUUUUAUCCAAAGAAAUGCAUCAAUUUUAACAUUCCCCAUACUCAGAAAUGUGCCUCGACAGUCUGUGUACCGUGCUUCAAUUAGUGCAAUUCCGGUGAGAUUUAAAUACAGUGCAAAGGACAAAGAUUCCAGCAGAAAAGAUGAGGACUCUGACAGCGAUUCUGAUGAAUUCGAGGAUGUCAAGGAGAAAGGCACUAACCUAAUUAAGUGCUCUGUUACCUCACUGCGAGCCGAUUUAAUCAUAAAAACUGGAUUAGGAUUAGCUAGAAACAAAGUUGAAGUGAAAUUUUACGAGGGAAAGGUCCGGGUGAAUGGGAAGAAAAUCCCCAAGAAGAGUUUUCACGUCAACAUUGGAGAUGAAAUAGAUUUAGUGAAAAGUGUUAGUCCAACGAAUCCCGAUCAUUUGAUAAUUGGGAGGGUUGAGAUUGUGUCUGCUACACCCAAGGAGGAUAGUAUCUCCGUGCUCCUGAGACGCUACAAGACGCUAAUCAUUGAGAACUAUGAGGAGAGGAAUGCUUACAAGGAAUCUGAAGGUUAAUACUGCCUUUCUAUUUUGUAGUUAAAAUAAUAUGAGAAAGUUCUUGGUA